AACCCCUACCCACAACCCAUCUACCAAAAUGUCCACCACCCACUACUCCCCCACCCUCACCAACGCCUGGCGUUCCCCCCGCCUCAUCUACCGCGCCAUCGAAGACAACCCCGUCGACCGCCACACCCUCUGGACCUUCUUCGACAACGACCCCACCUCCAUCGCCAUGGCCUCCCUCCGGCCUCUCAACCCACAACCCCUGGCCUUUGUCCAGCGUCUCUACGAACACGCCCACACGCUCCACAUCCGCGUCUUCAUCUGCCUCCCGCCCUCCGACUCCGACAUUGUCCAGUGGGAAUCCCUCAUCCUAGAAAAGGCCGAAAAAUCGGGAUUGACGGCAACCUUGGAUGUAGAGAAACUAAAGACCGAAUUCCCACGCCCCGGGCCGACGCCGAUUGGGGUGGUGACGCUCAUGCCGCCUAUGGGUACCGAGGAACUACAUCAUCGGAAUGCCAUGAUUGGCGUGGGGAUCGGGGCGGAGUGGAGGGGUAAAGGGUAUGGAGGGGAGGCGGUGGAUUGGGUUUUGGAUUAUGGGUUUGGGAGGUUGGGGUUGCAUCGGAUUUGGCUGGCGGCGUUUGAGUAUAAUGAGAGGGCGUGUAGGCUGUAUAGGAACUUGGGGUUCGUGGAGGAGGGCAGGGAGAGGGAGGCGGUGUUGUAUGAGAGGAAGUGGUGGGAUAUGCUGAGGUUUAGCAUGUUGGAGGGGGAGUGGGAGGCUCUGAGGGUUCGGCAGAAGGAAGAGAAGGGGGAGAAGUGCAAAGGGGAGGAUGGCAAGAUGGAGGAGUAAUGGGUGAUGCGUGGUACGUAAAAGAGGAAUGAAGUUAUGAGCUGUGGGAAAUUAAGAGGCAUGAGAAGGGUAAUGGCAAUGGAAUACAAGAAGUGUGUUGGUUAUUUUCGUGGAAUGAACUUUUCUUU